AUUACUUCAUCUCCUCUUCUCCUCCUGCCUUCUCUCUUUCUCUGUCUCAACAUCAUCUCCAUGGCUCCUGCUUUUGCUGCUGCUUCUUCGACUUAUUCUCCUUACUACCACAUCUUCUUCACUGCUUUAGCCUUCGUCAUAUCAGGUCUGAUCGUCUUGCUGUCACGUAAAACCAAGUCAAAGAAGCUAAACCUUCCUCCGGGACCCCCUGGUUGGCCUAUUGUUGGAAACCUCUUCCAAUUUGCUCGCUCUGGGAAGCAAUUUUUUCAGUAUGUGAGAGAGCUUAGGCCAAAAUAUGGCCCAAUUUUCACUUUGAAGAUGGGGAAUAGAACCAUGAUCAUAAUAAGCAGUGCAGAAUUGGCGCACGAAGCUCUCAUCGAAAAGGGCCAGUCUUUCGCUAGCAGGCCUCGAGAAAACCCUACCCGCACCGUGUUCAGCUGCAACAAGUUCACGGUGAACGCUGCCGUCUACGGCCCUGUCUGGCGGUCGCUGCGGAGGAACAUGGUGCAAAACAUGCUCAGUGCAAGCAAGGUUAGGGAGUUCAGCAAUUUGAGAGAUGUGUCCAUGGAUAAGCUCAUUGACAGGCUACGGAGCGAGGCUGAGGCUAAUGAUGGAGCUGUUUGGGUUCUGAAGAAUGCUCGAUUUGCUGUUUUUUGCAUCCUUUUGUCUAUGUGUUUUGGAGUCGAAAUGGAUGAGGAGACCAUUGAGGUGAUGGAUGAUCUGAUGAAAACUGUUCUAAUCACUCUUGAUCCAAGACUUGAUGACUAUCUCCCACUUCUAAGCCCAUUCUUCUCAAAGCAGAGGAAAGCCGCCACGGAAGUGCGGAAGAGGCAGAUCAAAACUGUUACCCCCUUCAUCGAGAGGCGGCGUGCGGCGCUUGAAAACCCAGGAUCAGAUAAAACCGCGGCUUCAUUUUCCUACCUCGACACGCUCUUCGAUCUCAAAAUCGAGGGGCGUAAAUCAUCUCCAACCAACCCCGAGCUCGUCACACUCUGCUCCGAGUUCCUCAAUGGCGGCACUGACACAACAGGGACGGCGGUCGAGUGGGCAAUCGCCCGAAUGAUCGAGAACCCCGAGAUUCAGUCAAAACUAUACGAAGAGAUCAAAACAACAGUGGGUGAUCGAAAGGUUCAAGAGAAAGACAUGGAGAAGAUGCCUUACCUAAACGCAGUUUCAAAAGAACUACUACGUAAACACCCUCCCACCUACUUUUCCCUAACUCAUGCAGUCACAGAGCCAGCGAAGUUGGCAGGCUACGACAUACCCACAGACGUAAAUGUCGAGUUCUUCUUGCCAGCCAUCUCCGAGGACCCCAAGCUAUGGAAGAAUCCCGAAAAGUUCGACCCCGACCGCUUUCUCUUGGGCGGUGAAGACGCCGAUAUAACCGGCGUGACCAGCGUAAAAAUGAUGCCAUUCGGAGCAGGGCGAAGGAUAUGCCCUGGUUUGAGCAUGGCCACCGUGCAUGUGAACCUAAUGCUGGCAAGGAUGGUGCAGGACUUCGAGUGGAGCGCAUACCCUGAAAACAGUAAGAUUGAUUUUAGUGAAAAGUUGGAAUUCACAGUGGUGAUGAAGAACCCUCUAAGGGCCAAGAUUAAGCCUAGGGUAUGAAAUUGAUGCAUGCGGAUUAGCAAUAAUAUGGUUUUAUAUGUAUAUCUAUCUAUGUUCACUUGCUUAUUUUUUUGGUUUAUUUCUUCUUCAUAUUCCUCGUGAAACUAGGGUUUCAAUGCGUGGUGGUUUUCAGGUUUCAGAAUAUAUGAGAGACAUUGUUAUUAUUAUCGUUA